ACAACAUGUGGUAGUGGAUAACUACCUCACCCAAACACACAAAUCAGUUACACAAAACAUAGCCAUAACAAUAAACCAUAACAACCCAUGGCUACUCUAAGCUUCAACUCCACCAAAUUCAAAACCCCAACUUUCAAAUACACCAACACCACCAUCCCCAAACAUUCCUCUUCAAAACCCACCAUAAAGUUCCCAUUUUCCACCAUUUCCAAAAAACACUCCCUUCAACUCCAACCAUGUUCUGCAUCAGAAACCUCAGCAACAACAACAACACAGAAAGAUAUUGAAGAAGAAAAAGAUGACCCAACUGCUGAAACUUGUUAUCUUGAUCCAGAAGCUGAUCCUGACACCUUGUUAAGCUGGGAGUUGGAUUUUUGUUCUAGACCUAUUCUUGAUGCUAGAGGAAAGAAACUUUGGGAGCUUGUUGUUUGUGAUAAAUCUUUGUCACUUCAAUAUACUAAGUAUUUUCCAAAUAAUGUUAUUAAUAGUAUCACUCUUAAGGAUUCUAUUGUUGCUAUUUGUGAUGACUUGGAUCUUCCAAUACCUAGAAACAUUCGCUUCUUUAGGUCACAGAUGCAGACAAUUAUUACAAAAGCAUGUAAGGAGCUUGGCAUAAGAGCUCUUCCCAGUAAACGGUGUUUGUCAUUACUUCUAUGGCUAGAGGAACGCUAUGAGACCGUAUAUAUGAUGCAUCCUGGAUUUCAAAAGGGAUCUAAGCCUCUUUUGCCGUUAGACAACCCCUUCCCCACGAAACUUCCAGAUGAUCUUUUCGGGGAAAGAUGGGCAUUUGUUCAGUUACCUUACUCAGCUGUUCGAGAGGAGGCCUCGGCCUCGGAGGAAAGAUUUGGAUAUGGUUCUGGGCUAGAUCUUGAUUUAUUGGGUAUUGAAAUUGAUGACAAGACGUUGAUCCCAGGACUUGCUGUUGCAUCUUCUCGUGCUAAAAUAUUAUCAGCUUUUAUGAAUGGAUUGGAACUCUGUACCAUUGAAGCAGACACAGCUCGUGCGAACCUGACGCUCUCGGUCGGAAUUUCUACUCGGUAUGUAUACGCAACCUAUAAGAAAAGUCCAACCUCAACUAAAGAAGCUGAAGCUUGGGAAGCAGCUAAGAAAGCUUCUGGUGGUUUGCAUUUCCUUGCAAUCCAAGAUGAGUUAGAUUCUGAAGAUUGUAUUGGCUUCUGGCUUUUGCUAGACUUGCCACCUCCACCUGUAUAAUCAUACAAAUUUUUAUGGCUGAAUAUUCAGAGAACAAGAUUAUUAUAAUAGAAUUAUUAGAGCUUUUCCUUCACUCCAA